AUAUUAAUUUUGUAAAACACACAAGCGAAUUUAAUCUUGGCCGCUUAUAACUUUACAAAAAUGACAAGUGUCAAGUUUGACAACAUAAAAUUUCAUUUUUCUUAUUGAAGAGAGGGUAUUGGUGGGGGGAUGUAAUUGGUUGUGAAACAAAAACAGCAGAUAUAACUAAAGAUUGGUUUCCAGAAUGGGGAAGAAAGAUAGGUCCCUGGUCGACCGCCAUGGUCUACAUUUACCAGAUGGCUUACAUGUUGACCAAAAACUGAAGGAGAUAAAAAGUGCAGUGAAACCCAAAGCGGAGACAGUGAAGAAAUCUCUAAGCUCUGUGACAUUUUUAACACUGGCAGUGAAAACUUGUGCUCUUGUCAUCUUCUAUUAUAUUUUUUCAAUUGGACUUACAUUCUACAAUCAAAGAUUUAUAAAGCACUUUAAUUACCCAUUAUCAUUAACUAUGGCUCAUCUGGUUACCAAGUUUAUGUUAGCAGCAUUGAUCAGAACAAUUAUAGAAUGGAAGACGGGGGAACCGAGGGUAACAUUACCAUGGGGAAUGUUCUGUAAACGUAUAGCUCCAGCUGGGAUUACAAGUGCAAUUGACAUAGGACUAUCUAAUUGGAGCUUUGAAUUUAUCACUGUUUCAUUGUAUACAAUGUCCAAGUCCUCAGCUGUGAUAUUUAUAUUAUUUUUUGCGCUUUUAUUCCGUCUUGAAAAAUGGAGAUGGUCAUUGGUGGUGAUUGUGCUAUUUAUAGCCACUGGGUUGUUCAUGUUCACUUACCACUCGACACAGUUUAAUGGAGAGGGAUUUACAAUGGUAAUGAUAGCCUCAGUCUUGUCUGGUCUACGAUGGACUCUUGCCCAGCUAGUUACACAGAAAAAUGAAAUAGGGUUACAUAAUCCACUAGAUAUGAUGUAUCAUAUACAACCAUGGAUGAUUGUAGGACUCUUACCUCUCUCUGCAGCAUUUGAAGGUGUUUCUAUAGCAACCACAGAUAAUUUUUUCAGGUUCACUGAAUACAGUAUUUUAUUCCGUAAUCUCGGUUUGGUGCUAUUUGGAGCAUGUUUAGCGUUCAUGCUAGAGUUCAGUGAAUUUUUGCUGUUGUCUCAAACAUCUAGUCUUACUUUAUCAAUUUCUGGGAUAUUUAAGGAGUUAUGUACUCUUUAUUUAGCACAUGUGUUUAACAAUGACAAGAUGAAUGUAGUAAAUGGUAUAGGACUGGUUGUGUGUCUAAUUGGAAUAGUUCUACAUGUUAUACUGAAAGCUGUCAACAACCGGCAGGAAUCCUUGACAAAAGGUGUUAGACAUAUUGAAGAAAUGGAGAUGUUAACAGAAGAUGGUGGUGCCAAUAUUAGUGAUGAUAAUGAUGAUGAAGAAAUAUUUAAUGUUAGAAGUAACAGAUAGCAUCCGUGAAAAUGAACUUUGUUAUGAUAGUGAAUUACACAAAUGUUAUUGUCAUAGCUAUUUUUACAAAGUAUAAGUUUUUAAUGUGUUCAUUCCAGUUACAUUAUAAAGUGAUAUAUUAUGUUAGUGAAUGAUCUUUUAAAGAAAAUAGAUAGUACAUAUUGCAGGCCUUUUUUGGUCAUUUGGUAUUGCCAUCAACACCAGUGGAAUUAGGAAAAUUGCAUUGUAAAAAGCACAAAUUAAGAGUUAAUGGUAGCUAUGGAACACAUAAUAAAUAAAAGGAAAGUUUACAUUAAUAGAACAUGUACAUAAUAUGGUUCUGGCAAUCUUUGUAUUACAAAGUAAACAAAAAUUAAGUGUCAAACAAUAUGAAAUAUGAUUAAAGAAAAUUAAUAAGAGAAUGUAGAAAAACUGCAAAAAUAGAUAUUAUAAUAAUUUCAAUAAUUUGUUUCCUUUUGUUUCAUUAUUGUUGUAAUGUACUUGGUAGUGAUAUGUAAUAUAAUGCUUUAAAACAAAUCCAGUAGAUAUAAACUUUUUGAAAGAAAUUACUUUGUUAAUUUUUUAGAAAUGCAGAAAUUCAGUUAUCAACACUAUACAGUCUGAUUCAAGUGUACAAACAUGUAGACUUGGUGCCAUAGUCAUGUUAGCAUGAAGCAUUUAAAAGGCUAAGAUACUUUCUAAAAAUAAUUUCUCACUUUGUUCAGUCACACUGAUUUAAUUUACCAUAGAGUAUAUGUGAGUGAAAAUUGAUAGAUUGAACAGCAAUGUCAGUGAAUGUAUGCUGGAGCACAAAAGUUAAGAACAAAGUUGUUUGAAUAUUUCUCUUUAUCCAACAGUGUCAUGGAUAAGUUACUCAAUGUACUAUAUUUCUGGUGAUUUAUGUAAUUUUCUGAAACAUGUAAAACCUAUUAAAUUCUUCCAAAGCAUGAUUAAGUUUGUUAUCUUAAAAAUAAGGGACCAAUUAUGAUUUAAUUUUUUCCACUAUUCAAUGCAUGAAAUAAUUUUACUUAUACAUAUUAUAUUGUUUUGAUUAUUAUAUAUUAUAUCUAUAAAAUGUAUUAUACAAUAAAUAUGUUACAGGUUGACAAUAAAAUGAAUGAUAUCAACAGAAUAUGAUAUCAACUGAAUAUGAUAUCAACUGAAUAUGAUAUCAAUCGAAUAUGAUAUCAACUAAAUAUGAUAUCAAUCGAAUAUGAUAUCAACUGAAUAUGAUAUCAAUCAAAUAUGAUAUCAGUAGAAGAUGAUAAAAAUUAAAAAUUGAAUAUGAUAUCAACUGAAUAUGGUAUCAACUGAAUAUGAUAUCAACUGAAUAUCUUAUCAAUCAAAUAUGAUAAAACUGAAUAUGAUAUCAAUAGAUUAUGAUAAAACUAGAUAUGAUAUCAACUGAAUAUGAUAUCAAUCAAAUAUGAUAAACUGAAUAUGAUCAAAAGUUGAUAUGGUAUCCAUUAAAUGUUAUAUCCAUUGACUAUGAUAUCUAAUGAACUUUUGUUAUAAUAUUGCCUAGAACCUAUGGGUGAAAGAUAUAAUGUUAAAAGCAUCUAUUUCUUAAUUUCUUAUAAUAUAUGAAAUUUACUUUUGUAGAAAUUUGCUACAUUACUCUUUUUUUGAAAAAAAAAAUGUGUAUAUUGUUCAACCUAUUUUUUUAACAUUUGCCAAUAAAAUGUAUCAAUAAAUGUUUUGUUAUUUUUAAUGUAUAAGUAAUAAUUGUUUUAUUUCUGAUUACACUUUAGUAUUUCUAUUGACAGAGAAAUUUUUCAAAAUGCUUUUAAAUUUUACAGAAAACAAACAUGUAGUUUGUUUCAGUUGAAUCUUGACACAUGAUUUAGAGGUCAUAAUCAUAAGUCUCAUAUCUGUAGCUGAAUUAUUCCUGCUAUGAACAUAGGAAAUUCAUGUAUUAUCAGAUUUUUUUCUAGGUGAGCUAUUGUGCCGGUUUUGUCCGUAAUCUGUCGUCAACUUUUGUUUAAAAUAACAUCUUCUCCUUAACCAUUAGACCAACUCUUAAAACUAGACAGGAUUGUUCCUGGCAUAAAGCUUUUUAAAAAUUGUUAAACUAUUACAUUCUACCCUGGAGGUCAUUGGUUUUCCUUAUAUGUAUAUAGUAAAAACUUAAAAAAUAUUCUCACUGAAAAAAAUGGUAUUUUGCAUGAAACAUUGUCUAGUGAACAUAAACCAAAUUGUUCGAAUUAUAGCCCUUGGUCAAAAUUGGCACCAUCUGGGUGGGUCACAGGUUUUCCUUAUAAGUAUAUUGUUAAAACAUUACAUCUCUUAUCCUGAAACUUUUUUUUACAUAAAAUGCACUAAUGUUUGUUAUUCAUGGAUGGAUUUUAAAGUUACAUUGAAUAAGUCUGUUGUACAUGAUAACUACAUAUAACUUGUAAUAAUCAGAACUCAAGGUUAAAAGUCAAGGUCAAACUAAUUAUGAUUAUUUUUUUCUAAUUACAUUGAUGGUCAUGUCCGAUCAACUAUUCAAUUUUUCGAGAUGGAUUUCAAAAUUAACUUGGCAUAUUAAAAUGUGUUUGAAACGAUGAUGUGUGUCGCACAAAGGAAUCGGGUCUCCAAUUCAAAGGUCACACAGUUAUGUCAAACCUGUGAAUUGAUGGUUGUCUUUUGUGCAUUAUUUUGAUCCAGUGACCUUUUGUAUUUAGAGCUUCAGCUAUAAAAUUUGGACUAUAUUUACUGCUUAAAUGCAGAAUUGAACUAUGACAUAAGUUGACCUUGAUUUUGAGCCAAUGACCUAUUUUUGUAAAAAGGUACAGCUAUGAAAUGGACAAUAUGACCUACCUUUUGACCCAGUAACAUACUGUUUGGCUCAGGUGAGCAUUAUAUCGUGUGAGUGAUAAAUUGUUAAAUUAUUCUGUUUCAUUACUCUACUUAAAAGAUAAUUGUAUAAUAUGUUUUGAUCAUAUUAAUCAUAUAAUAUCAUAUUCAGUUGAUACCAUAUUCAGUUGAUAUCAUAUUUAGUUUUAUCAUAUUCUACUGAUAUCAUAUUUGAUUGAUAUCAUAUUCAGUUGAAUCUUUGUUGGUGAAAAAUGUGAACCUUUACUUUCUGAUAUACAUUUGUAUUUUCUGUGUAAAGUUAACAAUGAAUUUUUAAAUGACUGUGAGGAGAAAAAAAAUGUAAGUGUAUUUUUUGCAUGGGUAUACAAUACUCCUGACUUAAAGUGAGAAAAUACAAAAGCAUAUUGUCAUGUUAUAUUAUAGGUAGACUAGAGCUGGGAUAAGGGCUGGCUAUGUUUUCAGCAUGAAAUUGUAGAUUGAAAAUAUUUAAAAAAAAAAAAGGAUUGUAUUUGCUUUGUAUUUUGAUGGUCAUUUUGUAACAGAAUAUUGUAAUACAUGUAAUUUUGUAUGACUAUAUUAAAUGUCCAAUCUUUUUGAGCUGGUUAUAUUCAAAGAAUCGUUGGAUUAUCGAUUUACUUAAGUUUAAUCUGUAGGAUAACAAUUUUGUUAAGGUUGUGUGUUUAAGUUUCAUUAUUCAGUAAUUUCUGAUGAUCUUUUUUUUAACUAUGUAUAAUACAAUGUAUUCAUUAUAAUUGUAGGUCACUUUUUAAGUUCCAUAACUCUAGCAUGAAUUGUAACUGUAUUAUAUCCCUUUGUAACCUCUGAAAGUCUUCAUAUUAAACUGUAGGACUCAGUUUUGGACGUAUGCACAUGUAAAUAAAUUAAUCUUUCCUUAGGAAUAGCAAAUAUGUGUUUUAUAAUACAGUAAAGAUAGAUUUAGAACAUAUGAGAUGCUUAUCUCAUGAAAAAUCACAUUGACUGUGAAAUAACUUGUGAUAAAGGUAGCAAAAUGUAUAAACAAAGUUGUAUUUAGAUUUCUAUACAAAAUACUAAUUCACUAUAAAUGUUCUAAUUGCCAAAAACACAGCUCAGGUAUAUAUGGUCAGUAAGUAACUAUUUUGUAACUAACAGAAUACCUAGAAUAGAAAACUUUUUGAAAAAAUAAAAUUGAUAGCAUUUUUAGUAACAAAUAGUAUGUGAGUAAUCCAGUAUCAGUACCAGUACUGGCAAAAUGAGUUCAGUAUGUUCUGCUGCACCACUACCAGUACAAGUAAUACAUCUUGAGGUACCCUAGAUAUUUUUCAGGACUACCAAUCCUUAAUAAAUUAUUUUAUUUUCAAUCUUUGAUAUUUAACAGCCAUCCAUUUCAACAAUAUCAUACCUUAAAUUCUGUUAGAGAAGAGAGAAGUCUCUUAUAUGAGACCCUUACACUCUUCACACAUAUUACCUGUUCUAAUUAGUGUUCAUAAAUAGACUGGAGAAAAUGACGUAUGUAAUAUAUAUAUGACGUCAGUAUCUAAGGAAGGAAUAAAUGACAACAGUAUCUCUGGUAGGGAAAAAUGACUUCUAUUUAGUAUCUCGAGUUAUGAUAAAUGAAGUUAAUUUUAUUAUUUGAGGGAUAAAUUUUGUCAUUGUAAUUGAUAAAUAAUGUUGAACAUAUGACUCAAUGAACAACAGUAAUCGUUUCUUUAUGUUGCAUGAUUAUCUUUGAAAACAGAAUGUCCUCAUUAAUCUAAUUAGCUCAAUUUAGAUUAAAAACAUAUUUUUAUGCCCCCGCCAUAUAAUGGCCGGGGCAUAUAGUGUUACCCCCAUCCUUCCGUCAUUCCGUCAUCAUCAGUUCAUUAUCUUAAUAACGGUUGCACAAAUUCAACUCAAAUUUGACAUAUGGAUAUGGCAUGAGAAAAUACAAGUCAAGUUCGAAUUUGGUCAUGGUUCGAUGAUUUUUGGCAGAGUUAUGCCCCUUUUACUUUGAAAAUAAUAUGAAAUUUUUAGUUCCGUUCAUUAUCUCCCCAACGGUACAACACAUGGAUAUGUCAUGAGAAAAUACAGGUCAAGUUCGAAUUUGGUCAUGGUUGGAUGAUUUUUGGCAGAGUUACGCCCCUUUUACUUUGAAAAUAAUAGGAAAUUUUCUGUUUCCGUUUAUUAUCUUCUCAACAGAAUUACACAUUCAACUUAAUAUGGAUAUGUCAAUGGAAUGCGCAGGCCAAGUUCGAAUAUGGUUAUGGUUCAAUGAUUUUUGGCAGAGUAAUGCCCCUUUUACUUUAAAAAUAAUAUGAAAUUUGCAUUUUAUGUUCAUUAUCUCCCCAGCAGUGUUACAUAUUCAACUCAAAUUUGACCUAUGGAUAUGUCAAAGGAAUGCGCAGGUCAAGUUGGAAUUUGGUCAUGGUUCGUUAAUUUUUUGGCAAGAGUUAUGUCCCUUUCACUUUGAAAAUAAUAAAAAAAAUUCAGUUUCCGUUCAUUAUCUCCUCUAGGGGCCUCCGUGGCCGAGUAGUUAAAGUCGCUGACUUGAGAUCACAGGUCCCUCACUGCUGUAGGUUCGAUCCUCACUCGGGUCGAAAUCUUUCAUGUGAGAAAGCCAUCCAGCUGGCUUACGGAAGGUUUGUGGUUCUACCCAGGUGCCCGCUCGUGCCUGAAAUAAUGCCCAGAGGGGCACCUGGGGUCUUCCUCCACCAUUAAAGCUGGAAAAAAAUCAACGAAAAAUCUUGGCGACCUUAAAUAAACGCAUCCUCUAGGGUAUUACACAUUCAUCUCAAAUUUGACAUAUGGAUAUGUCAAAGAAAUGUGCAGGUCAAGUUUGAAUUUUGUCAUGGUUUGACGAUUUUGGCAGAGUUAUGCCCCUUUAACUUUGGAAAAUUUCGAAAAUGGAAAUUUUCAGUUCCCAUUCAUUAUCUCCCAACAGUUGUACAUAUUCAACUCAAAUUAAAGAUAUGGAUAUGUCAUAAGAAUGCAUUGGUCAAUUUCGACUUUGGUCAUGGUUUGAUGAUAGCUGACAGAGUUAUCCCUUUUGAACUUUGAAAAAAAAUCAGAAAUUUUAAGUUCCCGUUCAUUAUCUCCCCAAUGGUUGUACACAUUCAACUCAAAUUUAAAUAUAGAUACAUCUUAGGAAUAAGCAGUUUAAGUUUGAAUUUUGUCGUGGUUCAAUGAUUUUUGAUAAACAUAUCUUUCCUGAAUGUUGGAAAAAAUUUGAAUUUUCAAUUUCAGCACUCAUACUUUUGUGGAAAUGUAUGUGGCCAUUAUUUUGGCUACAAAUAUGCAAUAUGCGAUUUACAAAAGGUUAAGACUGAAUAAUUUCAGUGCCCUCAACAUUGUAUAAAAAUGGUUUGUGUUAACAUUGAAAAGUUUUAAGGGCUUUGAACUUAAAAUGAAAAAAAUAAUUUGUGCAAACAAAUUUGGAACUAUAAAUAUUAUAACAUCUGAAAUUUUGGCUGCAUGCGGGGGCAUCCGUGGCAUGAUGACACAUUUCUAGUAUUAAUUCAUGAUCACUGGUUAAUUUGCACAUAACCCCAUGGGUCUUUUGAGAAAUUUACUUUAUAAAAUAUUAAGCAUUUUUUAAAUUUGUAUAAAGUCUAUUGUUAUUAUGUAAUGAUUAUACAAAAAAAACUGUGUAAAAAAGA